AUGGUGCUAAAUAAGCGUUAUUCAAAGCUCCACAAGGACAUGGGACGGUGGAUAAUACACUGCAGGGACCAGGCGUCCGAGACACCCCGUGGGGCAGUGGGCAGCAGGCCCAGGCUCCGGCUGCAGAGCGGAGGGGCGACAGGCCCAGUGAAGGGGCUGUGGGUGGGGGGUACGGGGAAGACCCGAGGGGUGCUGGGAAGAGGGCUCCCCUCUCCAGCGCCAGCCCUGGUGUCGCUGUGCACUCGGAGCCGCGCGAAGGGCGCCCGUCGACCCGGAGGCACAGGCGCAUUUAGAAAGGAAAGAAAGAAAAAGCCACCGCUGGCUCGAAUUUCUGUAAGCCCGAGCCGGGUUUUUUGCCCUAAACACCGAGGCGGAACCCCUCUUAGCGCUGCCCCGGCCUCUCUGUUACCCAUUUUCGGUUUGCUUUUGGAAGAACCGGUUCCUCAGCCCCGCGUCGCCGCAGUUGUGACACGAGUGCAGGGGUGUUGGAACCCUUUGAAGAAGUGUGUAGCUAAUAGCCCAUACAUAAUUCAGAAGAAGUCUUCAAUGGAAGACCCCCGCGGGAUAAAUGGACAGUCUGUCAAGUGGGAUCGUGUAUUCAAAUGUUAUUUGAAAACUGAAAAGUACAACAUAACUCCAAUGCACUUUUUAUUGGAAACAUCUCUAGAAAAAUGUGACCAAGAAUAAAAAAUUAUCUGGCCACCUGCAAGUCUACAAUACAAUUUUAAAAAUGUGACCAUCACACCUGCAUCAACACCUUGAAUAACUAGUUUAUGUGGUUGCAAGUAAUGAAACUUAUCAUGAGCUGGCAUAAGCAAACAAAAGGAAAGUCUUAAGAAAGAGGGCAUCUGGGGAAUUCAGUGCUGGCUAACCACCAUGGUUUAUACAUUACUGGGUCAUCCACCAUGCAGGAAGAAAACCUCUGAUCGGUCCUGAAUGCGUCGUGAUCCUGUGCUUGAUAGAGCAGGUCACUGCAGCAGAAACACCACAGUUCCCAGAGGAGGGGCUGGGCAGACCACCCAAUAAUUGGCUGUUGGGAUGGACCUUCAGAAAACUCCCAGGUUGAGAUCACUGAAGCACCAGUUUGAAAGCACAUAUCUGAUCCUACCUCAUCAUUUUACAGAUGGGGAGAUUUAACCCUUGAUAUGCCAUCACCUAUAAUCUAUUUGAUGGAAAAGCUAAUAAUGAAUAUAUAAUUA